UUUCCUAUUUUUAAAUAAAUAAAAAAAAAGCAACAUAUAUGACAGACCCAUCAUUAGCACCACAUAAUCAUUCUUCAACAAGUUGUUAUUCAGUAUUUGAAGGUGGAAAUGAAAGAAGAAGAAGCAGUUGCUGCACAUUUUGUGACACUAUAAUCCCGCCUUUAAAUCCACUUGAGUAUCAAACAAUGUCAUUAACACCUCCUCUUGAUACUGUUUAUUAUGAAUCGGAUGAAAACCAGCCCUUUUCAUGUAUAUACCUCUUAAACUUAUUCUUAGCCCCAGAUAUGUCUCGAUACUUUACGGAAACAAGUAUUUCAGAUGAUGUGUAUAGUUUACCUGUUCACCUUCAAAGAUUAAUUUGUGAAGCAAGAAUGGAAGCUUUGGUAUCUAAUGAAAAUAAAGAACGUCCAGCAUUAAAAAGAUUAGAAAAAGUAAGAGCUUAUAUACAAACUGUUGCUCAUCAUGAUACAGAGGCUAUUAUCAAAACUUUGCAUGAGCUUAUUCAAAAUGAAGAUGAACUAUCAAAUAUCUUGGGUGAAUAAGUUAUAAUAACACACAGAAUAUUUUUUCUCUCUGUAAUAUAAUAUAUCUAUGCACAUAUAUACACACGCACGCACACACACAGUAUAUAUACGUUUAUUGUAACAGCAGUCAGUUACUUGUAAAAUAAAGCCAUAAUUUUGUUAUGUAAUGUAAAAAAAAAAAAAAAAAAAAAAA